UUUGUCUUAAAUGCAGAAGUAGAAGCGGCCGGCGGCGGGUGGAAAGCGGGUCUAGUCGAGGAGUGACAGAGCUCUCGUGCUGCGCGCAGUGCUGGUCCCCCCGAGCCCGUGCUCAUGGCCGAGGACAAGUCCCGCAGCUGAAUUCAAACUUUUUUUUUUGAACUUUUUUUUUUGGAGCUUUUCACGGACCCAGCGACAGGUUUGCCGUUUUUUUUUUAUAAAAAUAAAAAAUGAGUCGGUGGAAAUACAGGACGAGGACAGCUAUUUGGAUGCGGUUAUCGCAGCUAUUUCUUAUCACUCUGCUACAAGCGACAACGACGACGAGAGCAGCCAAUCCCAUUGACGUGCUGAGGCUCCUGGACAUAUCGGAGAACAUGGAUGGCGUUUCCAUGGCGGCAGGGCUGUGCACGGCCCGGAAGGACAUGGAGGAGGCAGACAUGGCCUAUAGGAUAGAAAAGAAGAUCCAGCUGAGUGCGCCCACCAAGCAGCUCUUCCCAGACACUGCAUUCCCGGAAGCUUUUUCCAUAAUGGCCACAGUCCGAGCCAAGAAGGGAUCCCAGUUCUUUCUCCUGUCCGUUUAUGAUGACCAGGGGGUCCAGCAGCUGGGUUUGGAGAUCGGGCGGUCUCCUGUCUUUCUCUACGAGGACCAGAACGGCCAGCCUACCCCAGAGGAAUACCCCAUCUUCAAGAAGAUCAACCUGGCUGAUGGAAAGUGGCACCGGAUAGCGUUCAGCGUGGAAGGGAAGGUGGUCACCCUGUAUCUGGACUGCGUGAAGCUGGAGAGCCAGGAGCUUCGCCGAGGAGACAGCCCCUCUGUCAGCACUGACGGCGUCACGGUGUUUGGGACCCGCCUCCUGGAUGAGGAAGUCUUUGAGGGUGAUAUCCAGCAGCUGCUCAUCCUGGACGAUCCCAAGGCCGCGGUGGAUUACUGUGAGCACUACAUUCCGGACUGCGACUCCCCGCUCCAGGGAACAGCUGUUCUGAAGUCCAGGUGUGUCAACCUCCUUGCACUGAACAGUGAGAAAGCCUUUGGCCCUGCUGGUCGGCCAGGCCUUCCUGGGGCAGAUGGGAUUCCUGGUCCUCCAGGGACCUUGCUGAUGUUACCGUUCCAGUUUGGUGGAGAUGGGCAGAAGGGACCUGUGAUUUCAGCGCAGGAGGCCCAGGCCCAGGCUAUCCUCCAGCAGACCAAGCUUUCACUGAAGGGGCCUCCAGGUCCAAUUGGGCUAACGGGUCGACCAGGUCCAUUGGGUCUGCCUGGGCCAACGGGCCUGAAAGGUGAGGCAGGAGAUCAAGGACCACAUGGUCCCCGGGGACCCCCAGGAUCUCCAGGGCCAAAUGGCAAAACUGGGAAAAGGGGCCGAGGGGGUUCAGAUGGCAUCAGGGGUGUCCCCGGAGAGCCUGGAGGAAAGGGGGACAGAGGUUUUGAUGGACUGCCUGGGCUCCCGGGGGAUAAAGGUCACAGGGGGGACCGGGGGAAGCCCGGACCAGUGGGACCACCAGGAGACCCGGGGGAGAAGGGAUCGGACGGCCCAUCUGGACCCAGAGGGCUGCCUGGCGAGCCUGGCUCCCGUGGGCUGGUUGGGCCGAGGGGACCCCCAGGACCCCCUGGACAACCGGGUAUCCGAGGAAUUGAUGGGGUUCAGGGUUCCAAAGGAAACUUGGGUCCUCCAGGUGAGGCAGGCCCACCCGGCCAGCAGGGUAACCCAGGACUUCAGGGUCUGCCUGGGCCUCAGGGUCCUAUAGGGCUGCCAGGGGAAAAGGGUCCUCAGGGGAAACAGGGGCUCCAGGGGCUCCCUGGAAUGGAUGGCCCUCCGGGUCAUCCUGGAAGGGAAGGUCCACCAGGAGAAAAGGGAAUUCAGGGUCCACCAGGCGCACAGGGUCCCGUUGGCUAUCCUGGAACCCGUGGUGUUAAGGGUGCUGAUGGAGUUAGAGGUCUGAAGGGCAACAAAGGAGAGAAGGGUGAAGACGGGUUCCCUGGGUUCAAAGGUGACAUGGGCCUGAAGGGAGACAGAGGUGACAUGGGUGCGCUGGGGCCCCGGGGCGAAGAUGGAACAGAGGGACCUAAGGGCCAGUCGGGGCCCAACGGAGAGUCUGGACCUAUGGGGUCCCCAGGAGAGAAGGGCAAGCUGGGAGUGCCGGGCCUGCCGGGCUACCCUGGGCGGCAGGGGCCGAAGGGAUCGCUGGGGUUCCCUGGUCCCGGGGGGGUUCCAGGAGAAAAGGGGAAAAGGGGUCCUGCUGGUCAGCCUGGGUCUGGUGGACAGAGAGGUCCCACAGGAGCCAGAGGGAGCCGAGGACAGAGAGGUCCCACCGGAAAAUCUGGGCCCAAGGGCUCCUCUGCUCAUGAUGGACCACCUGGAUCUCCAGGGGAGAGGGGACCACAAGGACCUCAAGGGCGCAAUGGAGAAGCUGGAACCAAAGGACCGAAUGGACCCGCAGGGAAGGACGGGCUGCCAGGACAUCCAGGCCAGAGGGGGGAGCCGGGUUUCCAAGGGAAGACGGGUCCGCCCGGACCUACUGGAGUGGUGGGACCGCAGGGUAAAUCAGGAGAGACCGGUCCCAUGGGAGACAGAGGGCACCCAGGGUCACCUGGCCCUCCUGGAGAACAGGGUUUACCAGGGUCAGCUGGCAAAGAGGGCGCCAAGGGUGAUCCUGGCCCUCCCGGCAUUCCUGGGAAAAAUGGCCCCGCAGGACUGAGAGGAUUCCGAGGCAGCAGAGGGAUUCCUGGAGCCAUGGGUCCCCAAGGGCUGAAAGGAGCAGAGGGUCCCCUGGGGUCUCAGGGUCCAGUCGGAGCCCCAGGAGAGAGAGGACCAUCCGGACCAGCGGGUGCCAUUGGCCAGCCUGGUCGUCCUGGCAACGUCGGCCCACCUGGACCAAUGGGAGAGAAGGGAGAGCCGGGUGAGAAGGGGCCUGUGGGUCCAGCUGGCCAGGACGGGGCACAGGGCCCGGUGGGUCUCCCAGGAGUCGUGGGACCCCAGGGACCCCCAGGAGAAGACGGAGACAAGGGCGACAUGGGAGGACCUGGGCAGAAAGGCAGCAAAGGAGACAAGGGUGAAGCGGGGCCCUCUGGACCCCCAGGUAGCCAGGGUCCGAUCGGACAGCCUGGGUCUCCGGGUAUCGACGGGGAGCCGGGCCCCAGGGGACAGCAAGGGAUGUACGGACAGAAGGGAGACGAAGGAUUACGGGGUUUCGUUGGCCCCCAGGGCCCCACCGGACUGCAGGGAAUGCCAGGGCCACCAGGAGAGAAAGGAGACAGUGGGCACACAGGGCUGAUGGGUCCCCCCGGGCAGCACGGCCCCAGGGGAGCGCCUGGGCCCAACGGCGGAGAGGGUCCGUUGGGAUUGCCUGGAGGUGUUGGACAACCAGGACCUGUGGGAGAAAAGGGGGAAGACGGCGAAGCAGGAAACCCUGGGCAAGUGGGCGAACCAGGCCCCACCGGUGCUAAGGGAGAAGUUGGAGAAAAGGGAGACACGGGCCCACCUGGUGCUGCUGGCCCCCCCGGGGUCAAAGGUCCUCCUGGGGAAGACGGACCCAAAGGAAACACUGGUCCCAUUGGAUUCCCAGGAGACUCCGGUCCACCAGGAGAGCCAGGCGUCAAUGGGCUGGAUGGCGGCGUGGGAGACAAGGGGGACGCGGGCGAUCCCGGGAAUCCUGGCCCUCCAGGAGCCUCCGGAGAGCCUGGACCCCCUGGGCCCCCAGGAAAGAGAGGUCCUCUGGGAGCUCCUGGAAAAUCUGGGAAGGCAGGAGCAAAGGGAGCCAAGGGGGAAUCGGGGCCUGAGGGGUUGGUGGGGAAGACGGGACCAGUGGGGCCCCAGGGGCACCCUGGCAAACCUGGCCCACAAGGUCUGCGAGGCAUCCCGGGACCUGCGGGUGAACAAGGGCUAAAUGGACCUCCAGGUCAAACCGGACCCCCUGGACCACUGGGUCCUCCUGGUCUGCCGGGGCUGAAAGGAGAUCCAGGAAGGAAAGGUGACAAGGGUCAUGCCGGGCUCAUUGGGCUGAUCGGGCCCCCAGGAGAGAUGGGGGAGAAAGGGGACCGGGGCCUGCCAGGGAACCAGGGGACACAGGGACCAAAGGGAGAUGAGGGUGUUGUUGGUCCUCCUGGCCCCACUGGUCCCCCUGGCUCCACAGGCCUGCCUGGUCCUCUUGGGCAGAAGGGCUCCAAAGGAAACGCGGGACCAACUGGCCCUCGAGGAGACACAGGCCCUGCAGGCCCCCCUGGACCCCCGGGACCUCCGGCCCAGAUGAUUGAGCCUCUGCCGGUGCAGGGCAGGAAGAAAAGGCGGCGGCACACCGAGGACACAGUGCAGGGUGACCAGCUGGCAGAUGAGGGAAGCGACUUCAUCGAUGGCAUGGAGGAGGUCUUCGCCUCCCUGAACUCCAUGAAGGCUGAUGUGGAGCACAUGAGGAAGCCUCUGGGGACCCAAGAGAGCCCAGGACGCACCUGCAAGGAGCUGCAGAUGUGCCACCCAGAUUACAAGGAUGGGGAGUACUGGAUCGACCCUAACCAGGGGUGCCACCGUGACUCCUUCAAGGUUUUCUGUAACUUUACUGCUCAGGGGGAGACCUGCCUGUUCCCUGAUAAGAGGGUGGAAUCGGUAAAGCUGGCAGCAUGGAAUCGGGAAACACCUGGGAGUUGGUUCAGCGAGUUCAGGAAAGGAAAAGAGUUCUCCUACAUAGAUGCAGAUGGGAACGCGGUGCACGUGGUCCAGCUGACUUUCCUGAAGCUCCUCAGCGCCACAGCUCACCAGACCUUCACCUACCAAUGCCAGAACUCCGCCGGCUGGUACGACACUACCUCCAGCAGCCACAGCAGGGCGCUGCGUUUCAAAGGCAUCAACGACGAGGAGCUGUCCUAUACAAAGACGCCCCUUGUCUUUGAGGCGGUGUACGACGGCUGUCAGUCCCGGAAAGGUUACGAACACUCAGUGUUGAAAAUCAACUCUUUGAGACCGGACCCCCUUCCCAUCAAAGAUGUCACCGUUAUGGACUUUGGCAACAACAACCAGAAGUUCGGGUUCCAGCUCGGUCCUGUUUGCUUCAACGGCUAAGGAAGAGAAAGGGAUAAACUGAUUUUUUUUUGUUAAAAAAAGAAAAGACAUUUGUGAUUGCCACAAGCAAUAUUUAUAUAUCUUUUUGUUGUUCUUAUUCUGUGGUGGGUUUGUGGUAUGUUUUUUUACAUUUUUUAUAAACUAAGGAAAGAAAUUGUCGGCCCACAGAUGUGAGAUCACUGGGACAUGACCACUGCACGUCUAGCAGGGAUUCAAGCGACUUUGAUCUUGUGGGCAGCAAGGUGACUGGACAGCGCCCUGCACAGGCGGGGCACCACUGCACAUGCACGUUUUAUUACGGGAUAAUCGACAGCCUAGUUCUUGUUCCUCGUGUUACUUUACAUCUGCUCACAGAGACAAUUUGCUUGGCUAUUUUUAAACCCCUCAAAGAAGAUUCUGAAAUCCCCCCCCAUUAAAACCGAUAAUUACAGCAAUUAUAUAUAGCACAGCGACUGGAGUUCUUUUUCAUUUUUACAGGCAAGACAAACUUCACACAGCAGCAAAAAGCAACAUAUCCCUCAUAUUAAAUGGAGCAAAGGAAUAUGUUACUUUUUGCAGAAACAAUCAGGUUUCUCUGUGCUCUGUCCAGACAGAUGCCUGUGCUGCACAAAAGGCACAAUGCUCAAAAAUUGGUCAAAAGGUGUUUUGUAUCACAGCAAAACAACCUUGUCCAUUACCUUGUCAACCUUCAAAGUGAGGGGGCUUCACAAUUUAGGGUGCUUCAUUGGCUUAGAUAUCCUAUGUGAUAUCUGCACAUAUUUUUCUGUCUUCCACAGCUGACACAAUGAAAAGAUGUGCUUCAUUAAAUGUAUCAUCAUUGUAAAAAACAGGCAAAUGAGGCCUGAAAAGAAGAGGUACUUAUGUGCAAUCAAAAAAAGAGUCCGUUGAGUAAUUAAAGUCUUGGGGUGUGGAGUGAGACCCAGCAAACACUCAGUUUCCAGUCAGUUUGCAACCACGUGACAGUGUUGUUGCCCAUGGUGAGAGCAGGCAACACGUUCAUUCUCUCCUGUGAGAGACAUCUGCUAACCUGGGCUAGUUUGAAACCUGUGAUCAGUAUUGACUGUUUCAGUGUCUCGCCUGGGGAGUCCCAGACUUCAGUUGAAGUGCAGCUUGACACCAGUACAACAUUGCCUCAAGGAUCCUUCGUACUGUAUGCUAAUCUUGCUUUUUUUUUACGCUUUUCAUUGUGCAUUGCUUUUUUUCUUACUGUUAAACUCAACAGUGGUGCUAAAGCAUAAAAAUAUUUUUUAUGUUUGGGAAGGGCGAGAGCAUAGGGGGUUGAAUACGAGGGUUCAUGUAAUGACGCUGAAAACAUGCAUGUUGUUCAGUUGGUACAACAGAAAAGGUGCACGUUCGCCAUUAACAGCACUUCCAAAACUUAAAACUCAGUGCGACUUGCAGCUUGCUACCAGGAAGGCCAAGAGGCUCUCGGUACCAAACUUCCUGCUAAUAUUACUGCGAUUUGCCACCACUUACUGUAUGUAAAGCAACUCACAUUCGCACCCAUUCAUUAGGAGCAAUCUGGGUGUGGUAGUUUGCUCAGGGGUACAACAGCACCCUUAGGUGGGGCGAUGACGUUUGGUGCUAAAAAAAACAAGAACUGAGAAUCAGUUAUUAUUUAAAUAUGUGGGCUUGAAUAUGGAAUUACUGGAAAGUUUAAUUUAAUUUCAGCUUUCCCCCUGGAAGUGCUGUAUAUUUUUUAUGUCUGAACAGAUACCUGCACAGGCCUUGUACUGAUACAAAUUCAGAUAUGCACUAUUGUUUCCUUAGAAAGCUUUUCUGGACACCUGCUGCCAGCAUGCAAUUUUUUAAACAGGUAGCACAGAUUGAAACCCUCUGCUCUGUAGUAGUACUUCAGUUCUUAAAGAAAUUAUGUCCUACUAGUUCGUAUCACUGGAUAUGAGCACAUGUACAUAAACUAAAAAGUGCAAUUAAACAUUUUUUUCCCCAGCGUGACAUAUUAAAAAAAAUGCAUCAGGAUUUUGUUUACCAGCACACCUCCAAAUCCCUUCUAUCUCCACCCUCCUUUUGUAGAGUCGAUUUGUGGUACUAAUUUUAUAAACUGUACAGUUAUUCUUUUAAGAAAACAACAAACCUUCGAUUCCUGAAUAAAAAAAAAAACUGUAUUUGUAAAAAAAGAAGUGAAAUAAAGUAUUCUUUAUUGAAGUACUCUGAA